UCAUUCUCGGCAACUACUCGGAGCCCAAGGCCGUAUUAGCCGAGCCGAGAACAUGACGGCAUCUUGUUCCUAUUUCCCUUCCUGCUCCCUCUCCCCACUGACACGCUCACCAUUGACAGAACCACGAUGCUCCGUCCACUCCCCCGCCUUCUCCGGCCGCGCCUUCUCGCCCCCCUCCGCACGUAUGCCUCCAAAUCCAAACCCUCAUCUCCGGCGGGCGCUCCGGACAACAACCCCGCAAGCUUCGCCACCGAGAAGUAUCCACCAAACACCAACGCCUACCGCGAAUCCCAACUGAAGAAACCUCUUAACCCGGGACUUUCUCCAUCCACGCCCGCAUCCUCCUCCGUAGGCGUACACAAUGCGCCUCCCGAGCUCAUCAGCUCAGCAGCUACACAUCCCGGACUCGGCGGCUCCUUCGGCGACACCGAGCAAGAGCUCGACGUCGGCGAGAUCCUCUCAGGUCAAUUCCGCGUCGAGCCGCUCCGACGCGUCGGCGAGGACCUGAAGACUAUGCGUGCGCGCCUCCUCUACCAGUCGCGCAAGCGCGGGAUUCUCGAGACGGACCUUCUGCUGAGCACAUUUGCGCAUGAGAAUCUUGAAAAGAUGGACAGGGAGAUGUUGGAUCAGUAUGAUCGCUUCUUGGACGAGAAUGAUUGGGAUAUAUACUAUUGGACUACUCAGCAGGCCCCACCCACGAGUGUGGAGUAUGCGGAAGGCGGAAGCUCGCCCCCGGGAGGCGGCGCGGAUACGGGUAUGACGGGCGCAGGACCACAGGAUGCGAAGCCUACUGUUGCAGAAGAGAGGAGUGGGGAGGCGGGCGCGAAGGAGCAGAAGAAGGAAGGCGGUGUUACAGAGUUUGGCGGGCAGGCGCCGGGUGAGUGGGCCCAAACGAUUGGGAGGAAUAGGGAGCCGUACAGGCCGCCGCCGAGGCGAUGGAGAGAUAGUGAGAUCCUGAAGAUGAUUAAGAAUCAUGUGGAGGUCCGGAAGAGCAGGGAUGCGACGAAGGAGGACAUUGGCGGACUGGGGCGGAUGCCAGACUUCAAAUAAACGUGGUAUCUGGCUGUAAAACACUGUACAUUAGGAAAUGAACGAGCGCGAAGUUUUUUAUGUCCCCAAACACGUAUUUGAGAAGUCUCAGUAUUCGCCGUCCAAAAGAAAGC